GUGGCCUUUUUUUUGCAAAACCAAUGCGAUCCAGAGGUUAUGUGACAAUGCUAGACCCUUUUCAGCAGCUUUAUGGAAAAAGGAUGGGAGGACUACUGUUUAUUCCAGCUUUAAUGGGAGAAAUGUUUUGGGCUGCUGCCAUCUUCUCUGCCUUAGGUGCGACUAUAAGUGUGAUCAUUGACGUUAAUGUCAAUAUUUCAGUCAUUAUUUCUGCCCUGAUUGCAAUUUUGUACACGCUCGUGGGUGGGGUUUAUUCUGUGGCCUACACCGAUGUAGUUCAGCUCUUCUGCAUCUUCCUGGGACUGUGGAUCAGUGUCCCCUUUGCGAUGUCCCAUCCUGCAGUAACAGACAUUGGGCUCACAGCUGUGCACCAGGUGUACCAAGCACCUUGGCUUGGAUCUAUCAAUUCACUUGACAUUUACACAUGGUUGGACAAUUUCUUUUUACUGACAUUAGGAGGAAUCCCAUGGCAAGCAUAUUUCCAAAGAGUCCUUUCCUCAUCUUCUGCCACAUAUGCUCAAGUUCUGUCAUUCCUGGCUGCUUUUGGCUGUCUCGUCAUGGCUAUCCCUGCAGUACUUAUUGGUGCAAUUGGAGCAUCUACAGCUUGGAACCAGACUGAGUAUGGUGUCCCUGACCCCAAGAGUAAAAGAGAAGCAGAUAUGAUUCUACCAAUUGUGCUCCAGUACCUUUGCCCAGUCUAUAUCUCAUUCUUUGGCCUUGGUGCUGUUUCUGCUGCUGUGAUGUCCUCAGCUGACUCUUCAAUCUUAUCAGCAAGUUCUAUGUUUGCUCGGAACAUUUACCAACUUUCCUUUCGGCAAAAUGCUUCAGACAGAGAAAUUGUGUGGGUCAUGAGAAUCACUGUUCUUCUGUUUGGAGCAUCAGCAACAGCAAUGGCACUGCUGGCUUCGUCAGUGUAUGGCCUGUGGUACCUCAGCUCUGACCUUGUUUAUAUCAUCAUAUUCCCCCAGCUGCUCUGUGUGUUGUUUAUUAAAGGAACCAACACCUAUGGUGCCAUUGCAGGAUACUUAUUUGGCCUUUUCCUCAGAAUAACUGGAGGAGAACCUUACCUCUACCUUCAGCCCUUGAUCUUCUAUCCUGGCUGGUAUCAAGAUGAUAACAAUAUCUAUGUCCAGCGAUUCCCUUUUAAAACUCUUGCUAUGCUCACCUCCUUCUUUACUAACGUUAUAGUCUCCUACUUAGCCAAAUACUUAUUUGAAAGUGGGACUUUGCCACCAAAGCUGGACUUCCUUGAUGCUGUUGUUGCCAGGUACAGUAGAGAACACAUGGACAAAACAACUCUUGUAAAAAGUGACAAUAUUGUAUUAAAUGAACUUGCACCUGUGAAUCCACGACACAGUCUAACUCUGAGCUCAACUUUCACGAACAAGGAAGCCUUCAACUAUGUUGAUUCGAGUCCAGAGCUCUCCAACACUGAAGACAAUUAA